AUGACAUCGGGGGAAUUCAUGCAGACCGCGCCGCUGUUUGUGCAGAAGUCCAAGCGCGGUGCGCUGUACAAGGCGCUGUGCUUCCUCCUCCUCCUCUUCCAAGGAGGCGUGCUGGACUUCUACCUCAUCGUGUUCACCGACCUGUACUGGUGCUCGUGGAUCGCCACGGACCUCGUGGUCAUCUCGGGCUGGGGGAUCUUCUUCAUCAAGAACGCCCGCAGCAAGCGCGAACGGGCCUGCGGCUUCCACCAGAAGAACUCCAUCUUCGGCUGCAACCUGGGCGAGUUCACGUACGCCUACCUGGCGUGGCUCAUCUACGUGAUCGCGUGCACCCCCAAGGUGGUGCUCGUGCUGGAGACGUCGAUCCUGGACCUCGUUGCGCUCAAGGUGCCGUGCGGCGUCACGGGCUUCAAGAUGGUCGUGCUGCUAUCGGCGCCGCUUCUCCACUGCCUGAUCAACGCGAUCAUCGAGGACCUGAACGGGGCGACGCGGCACCACGCCACCAGCUGCUUCCUGGGCACGUGUCUGGACCUGCUGGACGGCUUCACCCUGGUGGAGAUGCUGCUGAAGGGCGAGAUCCCCACGCCGUACCUGAAGUACACCGUCAUCGCGGUGUACUUCGUGGCGCUGGGCGUCCCGGUGCUGUGGCUGUACGAGCUGACCGCCUCGGAGAUGCGGUGCCGCUGGGUGUGGGCGCGGUUUCUGGGCGGCGUGGUGGUCAACGCGCCCUUGCUGGUGGUGCGGUGUUUUCAGGUGUAUGUGUACAACAUGCCCGUGUCCGUGUUUAUGUUUAAGAACGUGUUUUUGCUCGCGUGCAAGUGUCUGGAGCUCGUGGAGCAGUGUCUCGCGGUGAGGGGCGCGAGGAGGUUUGCCAACGCGGGGAACACGGCUCAGUUUUCCCACGGUGUUUCUGAAAACGACAUGUGCCCGCACGGCUAUGUUAACACGCUGGCCGUCACCACACAAUCGUAA